GUGACAGCUGUGGUGGGUGACAGUCAGGACGUUUGGUAGGGGGAUUUAGAGCUCUUCAUCUGCCUUCAGUCUCGCUGUCUUUCUGUAUCUCACUUUAUAUUUCAAUAUAGUGCAGCACAGCACAGCACGGUGCAGAGCAGCAGAGAGGUCCUGGAAUACGAUGGCAGUGCGUAGUCUUUGGAUAGCUUUCGGAGUUGUAACUAUUCUUGGGACUUUAGCGGGACUGGUGCAAUGUAAUCAGGAGACAGAGCUGAUCGGGGACUUGUUCAAAAACUACAACAAGAAUAUACGUCCAGUAUUACAUCCUGAAGACAAAGUGGGGGUUCAGAUCAAGCUGACCCUCACUAAUCUUAUUUCCCUGAAUGAAAAGGAGGAGACUCUUACAACCAAUGUGUGGAUUGAGAUUCAAUGGGAUGAUUACCGCCUUGCCUGGAAUGCAUCUCAGUAUUAUGACAUUGAGGUUAUUCGUGUCCCGUGCAAAACUGUCUGGCUUCCCGAUAUAGUUCUUGAAAACAACAUUGAUGGCAAAUUUGAUGUGGCCUACUAUGCCAAUGUGUUGAUCAACAGUGUUGGUGAGAUUUACUGGCUGCCUCCUGCUAUCUAUCGCAGCACAUGUGCCAUUGAGAUCACCUACUUUCCGUUUGAUUAUCAAAACUGCACACUUGCAUUCAGAUCCCAGACUUACAGUGCCAAUGAAGUGGAUCUUACCUUGGCUGUUGGAGAAACGGGGGAGAUUAUUGAAUGGGUGGACAUUGACCCUGAGGCUUUCACAGAGAAUGGUGAAUGGGCCAUUGUCCAUCGUCCAGCCAGGAAGAUGAUCAACAGUCGGUAUUCCCCAGAUGACCUGGAGUAUCAGGAGAUCUUGUUCAAUCUGGUCAUCCAAAGGAAGCCGCUGUUCUACAUCAUCAAUGUUAUCCUGCCCUGUUCCCUUAUCUCGUCUCUGGUCGUACUGGCCUACUUCCUACCUGCACAAGCUGGAGGACAGAAGCUGACCGUGUCCAUCUCUGUUUUGCUGGCUCAGACUGUCUUCCUCUUUCUUAUCGCUCAAAAGAUCCCCGAGACCUCUCUGUCUGUCCCUCUAAUUGGAAAGUACCUGAUCUUCGUGAUGUGUGUCACUACUCUCAUUGCUACGAAUCAAAUUGUAGUGCUGAACUUCUCACUGCGAAGCCCCAGCACUCACAGUAUGUCCCAAACCCUCAAACAUCUAUUCUUGAAAUUAGUUCCUCGCUUCUUGGGCAUGUCUCCGCUGGUGGAUGAUAGUGAGGUGACAACAGAGGUAAAUGGGGUGAGGGAGCGGCGGCGCAGCUCCUUUGGCCUCAUGCAGAGAGCAGAGGAAUAUGUGCUCAAGCAGCCUCGCAGUGAAAUGAUGUUUGACAAGCAAAGAGAGAGGCAUGGUCUGACGCGAUCCAUUGUGGACAGUAUAGAUGUCAGCAGCACCGCUAACCUAUAUAAGAGUUUGGCCCAAGCUGCACCUGAGAUUAAGCAAUGUGUGGAUGCCUGCAACUUCAUUGCUGACAGUACAAGGCAACAAAAUACCAUUGGCUCUGAAAUUGAAAGCUGGGUCUUGAUCGGGAAAAUGGUCGACAAGGUGUGUUUCUGGGCUGCUAUUUCUCUAUUCAUCAUCGGCACAGUGUGGAUCUUCCUAACAGGACACUUCAACCGUGCCCCAGAAUUACCAUUUCCAGGAGAGAGUAAAAAAUAUGUCCCAACUUAAAAAAGGAGAGAAAAGAAAUUUGUUUCUGUUUAAUGUUUUCAAGGUAUAUUUUGCCUCGUGCUGUUUAUGAUGAUGAACGCAAUGUUGUUCACUGAUCCCAUGGUUAAGAUUCAGGGCUGAGUUAAGUCUGUGUUUAAUAACAACAAAACCUUCUGUUUCCAUGCUUGUCAAGCACCUGAGCAUCAACAUUCAACGUUUCUUAACUUCUAAACUAAGUUGUCAGCAUUUCUAUAUUAAAUCAUCAUUAUUAAAUCACAAUUAUUUUGUUAGUUUUGGGGUUUGAGAAUGUAUGCAAGCCCAGACUUACAGCUUAUGGAUGCAUUUUGAAGAAAAAAUGUUAAGGGCACUGCACCACUGUGCAAAGGGAUUUAAUUCUAUUGCAGAAAAGGACUUUUAUGACUUUGUUUUGCAUAACAUGAAGCUACAGGCACUGUAUGCUUUAACUAAAGAACCCAUUUUACUUGCAUGACCGUCUACAAAACACUCAGAAAACAUAUCCCUGCACACAUAUUAUGUCUUAUGGUCAUUAUCUUUAUAUGUAACAUGAGCCAACCAACUCUAAAUCAAAGCCUUAUUCUUCUUACUAUGACUUAUUAUUUGGAAUGUAUUGCUUACAGUAGAUGGCUCAGUGGGACACUGUUUGGCGUUAACUGUACCAGGACUUCUUUUUUAAAACAAACAAAUUCUUUAGUUUAUUACAAAGUGUGUGUUUUAAUCUUGAACUGAAUGUCUAAGUAGGUGUUUUAUAUGUUUAUACGUCAGACAGUGUGAAUCUGCAAAGUGUGGCUAAAACCUAAAACUGUGAUCAUAUUUUUUACAGUUAUUUUGAGUGGUGUUACUCAGCUGAUUCAAUAAAUGUGACAGAAAUGGGCUAGCAAA